AUGGACAGCGUGUUCGGCGUGGUGGGGAGCGGCUUCGCGGUGGUGGCCGCCGGCACCUCCGCCGCGGGUAGAAGCUUCGUGUUCAGGAACACCGACCACGACAGGGUCACGCGCCUCGGCACGAACCUGCUUCUCGGCGUGUCCGGCGUCCCCGGAGACUGCCUGCGGUUAAGGGAUGAGGUGAGGGCCAGCGCGAGCAAGAUCCGCAGCACCGCCGCGGCUGCUGACAUCGUCCGGGAGGCGGUGAUCGGCUGCGCUCAGUCGGCGAACGCCAUGAUCGCCGGCUACGACAGCGCCGAGGGCCCGACGAUGUAUGCCGUUGGCGGCACUGCGCCGCCGGAGCGGGUGGGGCAUUACGGCACCGCUGGGUGCGGGGCGGGCCUCUGCAGGACGGUGAUGGAGAACCACUACCGCCCCGGCAUGACGGUGAAUGAGGUGGUGGCGCUCGUUGACAGGUGCAUCAAGGAGGUCCGGCGGCUCGGGCUGGCUAGCUUCGUGAUCAUGAUCGUGGACAAGGACGGGGCCAGGGAGUACACCAGGCGUAUACUAAGACCGAAGGUGGUGAUAGAAAUGAAAUCCACACAGGGAGCGCCUACUGUAAACUCGAAUAAUUAAACUA